GGGGGGGGGAACGUGAUGUGACACUGAAGCCCGGGGAGACAGCCAAGCCCCCGUCGUUCUCAGGAAGGUCUUCCAUGCCUGGAGUAGCAGAGCUGCAGCGAACCCAUGGGCACCGCCGUGAAAGGAGGCUGGGAUUCUAAGCGGUGACGGCUGUGACAGCCAAGUGACAGCUGCCUGUGGUGAGAAUUGCAGCAGGAUGCCUAAAGUGACGCCGUGGAGCACCAAUCCCCACGCCGUUCACAUCACCCAUGUGCUCACCAUCCUCGCUCAAGUCGCCUUUGCUCUAAAACCUGCCAAGCUGCCUCUGAUUGGCCGCAAGCCCUUCAUCGCUGCCUGGAACGCCCCUUUGGACAUGUGCGUCAGCAAGUACAACGUGAGCAUCGACCUCAGUCUCUUUCACAUCCAGGGCAGUCCCCGUGCCGUGAGAACGGGCCAGGACGUCACCAUCUUCUAUGCUAACCGACUGGGCCACUACCCCUUCUACACGGAGCAGGGCAUGCCUGUUAACGGCGGCCUGCCGCAGAACUGCAGCCUCAAGUCGCACCUGCACAAAGCCCACCGGGACAUCCGCCACUACAUCCCUUCCCGCGACUUCCACGGCCUGGCCGUCAUCGACUGGGAGUACUGGAGGCCGCAAUGGAACCGCAAUUGGCACAAGAAGGACAUCUAUCGCCGGAAGUCGCGGGAGAUGGUUUGGGGAGCCUACACCAACAUGUCCGAAGCCCAGGUGGAGGAGCUGGCUCGGCACGGGUUCGAGGAGAGAGCCGCAGCCUUCAUGCAGGAGACACUGACGCUGGGCAUGCGUACUCGGCCCCUUGGCCUCUGGGGCUUCUACCUCUACCCCGAUUGCCACAAUUACAAUGUGGACGAGACCAACUACACAGGCACCUGCCCCCUGCAGGAGCGCAGGCGCAAUGACGAGCUGCUGUGGCUGUGGAACAGCAGCACGGCGCUCUACCCCUCAGUCGCCAUCAGACGCCGCCACGCAGAUAAUGACAGCAACCUGCACUUCUCUCGGUGUCGGGUGCUGGAGUCCCUGCGCAUCGCCAGUCUCACCUCUCUUGACUAUGAGCUGCCAACCUUUGUCUACACGCGUAUGGGCUACCGGGAAGAGGCCAUGACCUUCCUUACCACGAAGGACUUGGUCCACACCAUCGGGGAAAGUGCAGCUCUGGGUGCGGCCGGCUUUGUCAUUUGGGGUAGUCUCAACCUCACCUCCUCCAGACACAACUGCUCCAAAGUAAAAGCGUUUCUGGGCCGUCAGCUAGGCCAGUACAUUAUGAAUGUGACGCGAGCGGCAGAGAUCUGCAGUGACUUCCUGUGCCAGGGAGGAGGCAGGUGUGUCCGCAGGGAUCCCCAUGCGUCGCAUUACCUGCACCUGAGCAGUGAGAGCUACCGCAUCGAUCCUACCGGUGAUGGGAGGUUCGCCGUCGUGGGAUGGCACACUGAUCAGGAACUCCAGCAGCUCUUGGAGCGGUUCCGCUGUCACUGUUACCAAGGUUACGGAGGGGACCACUGUGACAGUCUAGCUACCAUGGUAGAGAGCUCUGCUAGGGAAACUGGGACUUCGGUUGCACUUCUUUUGGCUCUACUGCUGAACUUGUGUGCAGUACUUGUGUGAAUACUAUGCAGGAUAACUAACCUACUCUGCACACUGACAGCAAUAAGCUUCCUAAGAUUAAUCCCAGUUUUGGUCAUUUAUAUUGCAAAGACUUUAUUUUUCUAUCUUAAAGUAUAGGCCUGUUAUUAUAUAAUGGCAAAUUUCUUUAACACGUCACACACAUAUUAUACGUGUACAUUUGGUAACAAGUCAACUUUCAGGUAGAAACAUUUAUUGGCCUUCCUGGUCUGAGACAAAGCACAGCAAUCAGGGCCAUCCAUCCAUCCAUCCAAUCAUUCCACUGCCUCCUGAGACCUGCUGACUAUUCACUGGAGGAAUAGUACCAAAGGGACUUAGGCUGCUGACUGAAUGAGGUGCACAGGAAGGCGGACUCAGGUACGGAAAACUGGAGAACCCAGACCAUGAAGUGGGGAACUAGAAACGGGGCUACAACACAGAAAGUUGGACAUUCACAGAGAAACCCCAAGGACAGGAAUGCCGGCUAAUCAGGACCAUGACUGCAGGAGCAGGACCAUCAAUACAAGAUGCCACUCAACAACAACCAUGGACACUGAUACUCAACACCCAGACCCAAAACCAAGUGAAAAGCCACAUCAAGCCCCACAAGUGAGCCUCUGAAUCAAAAACCAGUCUGAGCCCUACACCCUAAGAGCAAUGACAUCAUCUUAACCGGGACAAUGUUCACUGCUCUGUUUGAAUAAGGUUGCGCUCUAAUGACCACUGGCUCAGAGCAAGAUCACAAAGCAGGCUCAAUUAGCUGAUUACUAAUCAGGAACAGGUAUGACACACUUGUAGUCACAUGUUACACAGUAUAGUGACAGAAAUUAACAAGAUUGGAAAUAAUAAAAACAAAUCGCUAACAGAUGGGCAAAGCCUUGGAUCUGGACAUUAAUCGGAGUAGGAAUGUUGACAGGGACACUCUAUAGUUUAGAACCAGGGUCUCCAACUCCAGUCCUGCAGAGCUACUAUCCAGUAGGUUUUCUAUC